CCUUCUGGGAGGUGAACAGGCUCUCUCAGCAGUGGCUGGAAAAGGACGCUCAGCAGCACCUGGCCAGCAGGGUGUUCUGAGGAACAGCCAUGUCUACCCUGUACCCGUCUCUGGAGGACCUGAAGAUGGACCAAGCCAUUCAGGCCCAGGCCAGAGCUGCAGCCAGGAUGCCCGCCCUGCCAGUCUCCCAACCUUCAGUUUUGUACCCGAGCCUGGCGGACUUGGAAAAUUAUAUGGGUCUUUCCCUCUCCAGCCAAGAAGUCCAGCAGAACCUGCUUCAGCUUCCAGAAGGUGCUGGUAUGGUGGGCUCUGGCCUGUCACUGGGCCAGCUGGUGGCACCGCUGUCUGGAAACAGCCUUGGCACACGGCGAGCAGAGAUCAAGCCUGGGGUGCGCGAGAUCUACCUGUGCAAAGAUGAGCAUGGCAAGACGGGGCUACGGCUGAGGGCCAUUGACCAGGGGCUCUUUGUGCAGCUGGUGAAGGCCAACAGCCCCGCGUCUCUUGUGGGGCUGCGCUUUGGGGAUCAGAUCCUGCAGAUUGACGGCCGAGACUGUGCCGGGUGGAGCACGGACCGAGCGCACCGGGUGCUGAAGAGGGCAUCGGCAGAGAAGAUCGCCAUGGUCGUUCGGGACAGGCCGUUCCAGCGCACUGUCACCAUGCACAAGGACAGCACGGGCCACGUCGGCUUUGUCAUCAAGAAAGGCGCGGUGGUCUCUGUGGUCAGAGGGAGUUCCGCGGCCCGCAACGGGCUCCUCACCAAGCAGUCCGUGUGCGAGGUGAACGGACAGAAUGUGGUCGGGCUGAAGGACAAAGCGGUCACAGAGAUUCUGGCCAUGGCCGGGAACGUUGUCACCUUGACCAUCAUCCCUACCGUGAUCUAUGAGCACAUGGUCAAAAAGUUGUCCCUGACCCUGCUCCACCACGCCAUGGACCACUCGAUCCCAGAUGUCUGAAGCCAGGGGAGCACUGCUCAGCCGUCCCAUACUCUCCACCCCUGCAGGAAAGGGCUCAGAGUCCUCCUAGGACAUGUGUGGGGGGCUGUGCCCAGGCCAGGGCUGCGCUGAGGGCACAAGUUCCAAGUGGGGCAGGUGGGGUUCCCGGUGGGAAGCCACCGAGACACACGGGGCCUCCCUGGAACCUCUGACCGGGAACUGCACGCAGGCCCCCAGCAGUGAUUCUCUGUGCCUAUUUAAAUGCUUAGCACGGAGGCAGUCCGGCCAAACACUUCUUAAAGUUGCAGUUGGGCCCCUCACAAGACUUUUGCUGCGCCUACCAGAAAAACAGCUUCACGUUUUGAGAGAACACAACUACAUCCUUUGUGAGACUGUUUUCUUUCUCCUUCCCUUCCCGUCUGUCACAAACUACAUAGUUAUAAUCCUUCAUUUCUUUUGAAUAAAUACUUGAUUUUAAAUAAAAGCCUUUCUUCAAAAGUGA